UUUGUGGAGGCAGACACACGGAAGGAAGAUCCAAACGAUUUGAGAUGGCAGCUAAGUUCUUUGCCCUGCUGUCGCUGGCCCUUUUCGCAGCUGGCCAAGCGGAAUACAACUACAACGAGAAGUCGGCCAAGGCGGUCAAUUCGCUGGAACACAGUGGUUCCAGUUCGGGUGAGGAUUUCCUCAGCGACUACCACACGCCCAGCAACAAUGCCCUGAAUUCGGAGGCCACUCCCGAUGGCUAUGACUAUAUGGCGCCCACCAGGAAUCAGUUUGCAGCCGGCGGCAGUCGAACGGCCAGUGUUCAGGCCUCGAAUUUGCUACAAAGUGCUGCGAGUGCUGCCAAUGCUGCCUCUAUACUGCUGCCCUCGCCACUGCCCAUCCUUCGUCAAGAGCAGAAUUCGGAGGUGGUGGCUGCACCAUCUGCAGUGCCACAGGAUUCUUCGGUGGUGGUCCCAUUGGUGCAGCGUCAGCAUCAGGAACCGGAGGUCUUUCCCCCAGCCAGCUAUAGUUUCAACUAUGCCGUGAACGACGAGAGCACUGGGGACAUCAAGGAGCAUAGCGAAACGCGCGAUGGUUAUGUGGUCAGGGGUUUCUACAGUCUCAUCGAUCCCGAUGGCUACAAGAGGACCGUGACCUACACGGCGGAUGAUGUGCAUGGCUUCAAUGCGGUGGUCAACCGAGUGCCCUAUGCCCUCAAAACAGUGGUGGCUCAAGUGGCCCAACCCACUGCAUUCGUGGCCCGCGACGAGCGCUCCAAAUCCGAGGGAUCAGCUAUCCUGGAUGCUGAGCUAAGAUCGGGAUCUGUUUCGGGCAGUGGGUCUAGGUCCUCCUCCUCCGAAGGAUCCAUUUCCGGCUCCGGAGUGACCAAUACCUUCGCCGAGGACAGCUACGCCAAUGCCCCCCGAGGACUCGACUCCUCCGGCGGUCCCUACGCCUGAGUUUUGCUCCUCUGCUACGCACUCCUUGUAUAUUCCUUCAUUGUGCUUCAUCUACUUCUAGUUUUCUAAUUAAUAAAUACAAA